CUCCAUUCACUACGAUGCUCGACUCGUAGCAAGAAGCUUCUCGCACCCGACAUCCGUUAACUCAAUGAAAUUCAUGCAAAUUUCUUGAGGAAAAACUGUGUGAACUUCAAGGCAUCGUCUUAGUUAGAUCAGCAAUAGAUUAUUUUUGUGGUGCUUUAAAUAUUGUAGGUUUUUUAUUUUAAAAAAAAAACAUUUUUUUAACAGAAGAAAUCGAUAAAGGCUAUUUCAGGCAUUUAUAUUUUCUUCUCUUUCUCUUUUGAAAAGUUUGAACAACUAUUUCUCAUAAUAUUUUACUUUCCUGGACCGCUGCAAACUUUAUUGGUGGACCGAAAUCUGGCAGUACAUCGUUUGGGCCGCUCGUAUAUGUGAUUGGUUUAACAAGUACCUUUAUUCUACAGUGAGAGAUCAUGGAGCACGAUUCUACCGCGGGAGGGGCAGAGGAUCUGCUCAUGGACGGCAAACUUUCAAAACGGCGCGCAGGGUCACUUCAUAAGCACGAACUGGCCGAGGCCAUGGAAGUGGAGCAGGAAGGACUAGUAGAGCAUCAGCCUCUUGAGCAAGAUGACCUUAACUUUGAGAAAUGGAAGCCCAAGCCAAAGCCCAAGAGGACGCUGCAUGAGAAAAUCGAUGACCUAAAGACUUACCUGUGGAAUUCGGAGACGAAGGAGUUCAUGGGCCGGUCGGGAAAGAGCUGGAGUCUCAUUCUUCUCUUCUACUCAGCAUUAUACAUUUUCCUGGCAGCCAUGUUUGGUGGUUGUAUGUGUUGCUUGAUGUGGUCCAUUAGCCCGUAUGCUCCCACCUACAAUGACCGAGUGAUGCCACCAGGAAUGACGAUGCACCCUCAUAUAGAUGUAGCUCAUGGGUUUGAAAUUGCCUUUAACGCCUCUGACCGCAGCUCGUGGAAAAAGUAUGCGAAAGCCCUGGAAGCCCAGCUAAAACCCUAUGAUGAUGCGCUUCAGGAGAGGCGGAACAUCAAGUGCGAUAGAAAUUCGUAUUUUAUGCAGGAUGACUUAGAGGAAAGCGCUGAGAGAAAAGCUUGUCAAUUUAAAAGAACUACGCUGGGAGAUUGUUCUGGCGUGGGGGACCGAGACUUUGGCUACUCGAAGGGCAACCCCUGCAUUCUCCUUAAAAUGAAUCGAAUUCUCGGGUAUCUACCUGGUCAAGGCAGUCCAGUAAAUGUUACCUGUGGAAUAAAGAAAGGGUCAACUGAAGGCCUGGGAGAAAUCUCUUACUAUCCAGGAAAUAUCUUUAACAUGCACUACUACCCUUACUAUGGAAAACUCAGACAUGUAAACUACUCUUCCCCGGUGGUGGCUGUGCGCUUCUCUGGAGUCCAACAGAACACUCAACUACACGUUCAAUGCAAACUACAUGGCAAGGGCAUCAUCAACGAUUCACCAACUGACCGUUUCUUGGGCAGUGUGUCUUUUAAUUUAGAAGUGGGUGCAUAGAAUUUCAGUAGACCUAGAGAAAUUCAAAUUUCAAGUGUUAUCAUAAAUGAAAUAGCACACUGGACGCUGUCUUUACGCACUACCCCUCUGAUUAUGCCUUCAGCAACCACUGUGCUAUAUCAUUUCAAACAAGCAAUCUUCCAUAAAGUAAAGAUUGAGAUAAACAUCCACAGUGCAUUUACAGAUAACCUUCAGUAUAACGUAACACUUAGUAUCCAGCAAUUAGAGAUUGACACCUGGAUUUCCCCAUAGGAAAAAACACUAUGGCAUAAUCACUCAUACAUACACUGUAAAAAAUAUGCAGCACAAAGAUAAAACAACUUGGUUUUGCGAGUCAAUUCAACCUUAUUUUAAGUUUUGGCUUAAAGAAAGUUGACAUAUCUUAUAAAUUCCAGUUGAAAUUGUUUAACUUAAUUUUUUAAGUUAAAGUAACAUCAAAAUAUACAAAAAUGCUGCAAAUUUUUUACAGUGUUCAAACAGUGUAAAAAGUGAAACGUUUUUUUUUUUUACUUAAAGCACAAGUUCGGUAUUUUACACUUAAAGCCCUGUUUUCAGAUUGUUUAUGAUGAAAUAGAAUGGUUUUGACUGAUAUUUCGAAAGCAUCUUUUGCAGCGAUGUUUGUGUGAGCAUAUCAGUGAACACCCCUGACCACUCGGUGAGUUUCACGUCUUUGUAAACAAAAGUUUAAUGCAUUUUAGAAAGGAUUGUUCCAGUGCACCUAUACAGCCAUUGUAGAAGUGGGAGAUAAAACAACAAACACCCGAAAAUUCUCGGGGCAGCCUCAUAUGUUGAAAUUUCAUUCAAAACCGUUCUAUUUCAUCAUAAACAAUCUGAAAACAGGGCUUUAAGUGUAAAAUACCGAACUUGUCCUUUAAAUUGAUAACACCUAAAAAUUUGUCUUUAUAUAACUUAAAAUGUUCACCUAAAGUGAAACUAAAUUGAAAUUUUAUGUUGAAAUAACUUAAUUUUUAGGUGUUACCAAUUGAAGUAAUUCUUUGUAAGUUAAAAACCAACUUUUCACUUUUUACAGUGUACAUACAGUAUACAGCGAGAUGUAGGGACAACCAUUUUCCAGAUCUGUCUAGAUUUUUUUUUAGAAUUAACAUUUAUUAAAUCUAUUCAAUCGGUUCUUUUAAGGAAGCUGAUGUGUAUAUAACAGAUUAAUUAAAAAACAACAUUGUUAUUAUUUUUUUCUCUGUUAAGUAAUCGCCUUUAUUAAAUUCCCCUUCUUUUGUACAAAUCAAAUGGACGAGAGAAAAAGACAGAAAAUGUUCCUUACGACUUCUGCCACGAGGCGGCUAGCGACCUAACGUUAUUAUUUUGCUUGCUCAUUUAAUAUAACAACAAUCAGAUGUGGUUUAGAUUUAAUGAUUUAUUGUAAAUUUUAGACUAAAUAUGUUUUCUUUAUUUUUCUUGUUUCGAAUGUACAAUUAAAUUCUGACUCCAGAGACAAAUGUAUUUUAGUGAAAAGUGGGACAGAAAUCCAUUUUCAUUAUUUUCACAUAAAAAGCUCAUAAUGAAAUACAAGUUGAUCUUUCUUUAGCAUCCACGCAACCAACAUGUCAUGAAAACUAAACAUUUUGCAAUACUUUACAAUAUUCAUAUUCUCUAAAAGGAAAGAAUCUGCUCGGUUACCUGUAAGAAGGAUUUCAACAGUAUUAUUUAUUAAUUGUAUUUGAAUAUAUUGACAUGCUACAGUUACAAAGUGUAACAGUGAGAUGGAAAUCAGUAACUGUGCAUCUUUGUUAUUCAGUAAAUGCAAUGAAACAUCCAAUGGCUGACAAACAUUUGUCUGCACGUUUUUAAAAGCACUCAUGUUCUAGCAUAAACAAUAAAGAUGGAUGAGAAUUAACUGA